AUGGAUAUAAAACUUGCUGCGAAGAAGGAAUGUGAGACUGACGAGUUUUUCUUGCGACUGCGUUUAGGCCGCCGCUCCCUCCACGUUCAGAAGCACACCUGCUCCAACUGUGGCUACCCUUCUGCUAAGACCCGCAAGUUCAACUGGGGCGAGAAGGCCAAGCGGCGCAAGACCACCGGCAGUGGCCGCCUCCGCUCCCUGCGUGACGUGCACCGCCGCUUCAAGAACGGUUUCCAGGUCGGCACCCCCAAGGGCGCCCGUGGUCCCGAGAACCACUAA